AUGAGCGCCGCACCGCGCAAGGAGGUCACCACCCGCGAGGUGGUGGCCGUGAGGUUUGGCAUGCUCACAGACGAUGAGGUGCGCAAGCUGAGCGUGAAGCGCCUCACGUCGCCCAUCACAUACGACAGCCUCAUGAACGUGGUGCCAGACGGCCUCUAUGACCCGGCGCUGGGCCCGGUGGACAACCUGGCGCGGUGCACCACGUGCGGCCUCAACAGCCAGCAGUGCCCGGGGCACUUUGGACACGUGGAGCUGCCUGUGCCGGUGUACAACCCCCUCGUGUUCACGUCCCUCUACAAGCUGAUCCGCCACACCUGCUUCAACUGCCACAACUUCAAGCUGGGACGCCCAGAGGCGGCGCACUACCUGGCGCGCUUUGAGUGCCUGGCGCGCGGCGACCUGGCCGGCGCCGCGGACGUGAGGGGCGGGCGCGCGUCCAAGGCGGUGCGGGACGCGACAGAGUCGAUCCUGGCGUCGCUGGAGGAGGGGGAGGGGCUGCUGCAGGAGGACGAGGUGGCGCGCGCCAAGAGGCUGGCCAAGCAGGCAGCGGAGGAGGCCGCGGCGCACAAGCGGCCGCCGAAGCAGCCGCUGACGUGCCACAUCCAGGAGGCGACGCGCGACGCGGUGGCCGAGUUCUUCGCGCGCAUGCCCGCGGUCAAGUGCGCCAACUGCAACGCGGUCAACCCGUCGGUCAAACGCCAGGGCGCGACCAAGCUGUUCCGGGAGUACUCGCGAAAGGCGCUCGUCCAAAACCUCAUGCGCGGCGCUGACAUGGGGGACGCAUCCCUUGGGAAGCUUCUCAACGACUCAUCCGCGAUGGCGGCGGCGUCGGCCGAGGCGGGCGCGGCCGCGUCGCGCAAGGCGGCGAGGCGGGGGACCGAGGAGGGCGGCGGGUCGGACAGCGAGGAGGAGGAUAAGGAGGGGCUGGAGGAGGGGGAAGAUAAGAAGGCAGGAAGCGUCAAGGGCAGUGGCGGCAGCGACGAUGAUGAUGGCAGCGAUGACGAGGAGGAGGGGGGAGAGGAGGAGGGGACCAAGAAGAAGGGCGGCGCGGCCGGCGGCGGCGCCGGGAAGGCGGACGCGGCGGCAGGCGCCAAGCACUCGGCGGGGGCGGCGCGCAUGUGA